AUGUCUCUCUUUGUUCUGGCUGAGACGCCAGCAGGCUACGGCCUGUUCAAGUCUGCGGACAAAAAACUCUUCAAGAAUGACGACCUCGCUGCCGAACUCGGUCGCCCCGAGAAGCUGGUGGAAAUGCUCAAGUUGAAAAGGUUUGUCAAGUUUGAGAGCGCCGCUAUGGCUCUCGAAGAGGCCUCUUCACUCAAGGAGGGCAAGAUCCCGGAACUGCUGGCUUCGAUCCUCGAGGAUCUCAGGUCCGAGAAGAAGGCCUCCAUCGCCGUCGCCGACAUCAAGCUCGGUACCGCCAUCUCCAACCUCCCCGACCUAAACAUCACCCCCGUCGCUGGCUCAAACACGAUGGAUGUCUUCCGUGGCAUCCGCGAGCACCUCCCUUCGCUCAUUCCUGGUCUCGCUCAGGAGAACAUUGACCGCAUGUCUCUCGGUCUCUCCCACUCGAUGUCCCGCCAUAAGCUCAAGUUCUCUGCCAACAAGAUUGACUCCAUGAUCGUCCAAGCCAUCAAGCUGCUCGACGACAUGGACAAGGAGCUCAACGUCUAUGCUAUGCGUACCAAGGAAUGGUACGGCUGGCACUUCCCCGAGAUGGCCAAGAUUCUUGGCGAUAACCUGGCCUACGCCCGCAUCGUCCUCAAGGUCGGCAUGCGUGAAAACAUCUCAUCGUCUGACCUGUCCGAUAUUCUCCCCGAGGAGAUGGAGGCUGCUAUCAAGGCUGCUUCCGAGAUUAGCAUGGGUACUGAGAUUACUGAGGAGGAUCUGCACAACAUUCAGCUUCUUGCCGACCAGGUCCUCGUUUACACCACUUACCGUGCAGAACUCUCUUCCUACCUGGAGAAUCGUAUGCGUGCCAUUGCUCCCAACCUGACGGCCCUUCUUGGCUACCUCGUUGGUGCCCGCCUCGUCGCUCACGCUGGCUCUCUCCUCAGCCUCGCAAAGGCGCCCGGUUCCACCAUUCAGAUUCUCGGUGCCGAGAAGGCUCUGUUCCGUGCGCUCAAGACUAAGCACGACACGCCCAAGUAUGGUCUCAUCUACCACUCUUCCCUCAUCGGUCAGGCCACCGGCCGCAACAAGGGUAAGAUUGCCCGUAUGCUGGCUGCCAAGACUGCCCUUGGUCUACGUGUGGAUGCUCUCGGCGACUACGACGAGGACGAUGAUGACCGGGCUUCUCUCGGUCUGGGCAGCCGACUCAAGCUCGAGAACCACCUUCGCAAGCUCGAGGGCCGCCCUGUGCUGCCCAAGGGGACGAACGUUGGCCCCUCUGGUGAGAUCAUGGCCCCUGGCCAGUUCACGCUAAAGGAGACCCGCCGCUACAACGUCGAUGCCGACGGUGUUGAGGACGAAACCGAGAUUGCCACCAACGGUGACUCCAAGAAGAGCAAAAAGGACAAGAAGGAGAAGAAGGAAAAGAAGGAUAAGAAGAAGAAGCAAAUUGAGGUUGUCGAGGAAGAUGAGGAGAUGAACGAUGCUGAUAGCGACGAUGAGGACGCCUCCACACCCAAAAUUCCUAAGCUGUCAAGCUCCGAGUACGAGCGCCUGGCUGACUUGGCGGGCCUUUCCGUCAAGAAGUUCCAGCGCAAGUACGAGCGCGGCGACAUCCACGUCGAGGAUGGCAAGCCCCGCGUCUUCUCCAAGAAGGAGAUGAAGAAGCUCCGCAAGGAAGCCACCGCCACGCCGACCAAGGCCUCUGCGGACGAAGGCAAGAAGAAGAAGCGCAAGCACGACUCGGACGACGAGGACGAGCCCGAGCCGAAGAAGGAGAAGAAGCACAAGAAGAAGAAGCAGGCUUAG